GAGACUUUGUGAAGAAGAAGAUAACGAAGUCAUGAGGAUGAGAGAAAUGAUAAUUCUUCUGUUGUGAUGGAGCUUAGUCUCAUCAAGCUGCAAUCUUUUUCGUUCCCUUCUUCAGUUUCAAGUGUGAAGGAUGUGAGGUUCUUAAACCUUGAUUUGAAAUCCUCACAUCAGAGAGCUAAGAGAUCAUCAACUGUUGUUCCUGCUUUAGCUGAAACAGCUGUUUCUAUAGCGAUUGCAGCCACGGUUGUUGGUACUGCAGCUACUAUUCUUGUUAGGAGAAAUAACAAAGCCUCCGAAGAAGCCGAGGCUUCUAUGAAAGAAUGUGAAGCUUGUCUCGGUUCAGGAAUAUGUCCUGAAUGCAAAGGUGAAGGAUUUGUAUUAAAGAAACUAUCAGAUGCAAAUGCUGAGAAAGCAAGACUUGCAGCUAAAAACAUGGCCACGCGAUAUACAGCCGGGCUUCCCAAGAAAUGGAGCUAUUGCACUAAAUGUUCUUCCACGAGAUCUUGUAUGAUAUGUGGUGGUAGUGGAAAGACAAGCAUCUAGCUCCUUACGCAGAGUUUACAAGUACGUUAAACUCUUUUCUUCAGAAACCGAUUCAAAGGUUUAGCAUAGCUUUCUUGUUUUGUUUCAUUUAUGAAAGAUUCUGCAAUGUUUGAAAACUUUCAUACAACUUUAAGUUUUACAUUUGCAAUCUUCACCUGUCAUACUAGUUAAGUUGCUUCUUACUCUUUCCAGAUUCUUUAAUGUGAUCUGUUUCUGAGACGUAAAGAUUACUAAAGUCAAUUGCUUCUUCUUAAGGUAUGACUAGUUGUGCCUCAAAACACUCUUCUCAUUUUCAGUAUUUGAUCGAUUUUGUUAAAUCAAUAAUAUGAUCUUGGAAGACUUUUAAAGACACGGCUUGUUGAUAAAACAGAGAGAAAACUGAUGCAUAAGUCUUAUAUCAAACGACAUUGUACAUCA